GGACACAGCUGUGCCUGGCUCCAGGACCCGAGGCACUGCUGUCUAAGGAGAGCCACACCCCCUCCGCCAGCAGCCCGGAGCUACAGCUCAGCUGCUGCCUAGCAGGACAAACCACCAGUCCCAGUCGCCAGUCGCAGGCACCUUUGAGGACGCCAGGAUGCACGUGUCUCCAGCGCUUGCCUGCCUCAUCCUGGGCCUGGCCCUCAUCUUUGAGGAAGGGUCCACCUUGUACCCUCACGAAUCCCAGGUGGCCCAGCUGGCCACAGACUUCGGAGUGAAGGUGUUCCGGCAGGUGGUACAGACCUCCAAGGACAGCAACCUGGUCUUCUCACCCUUCGGGGUGGCCUCAGUGUUGGCCAUGCUGCAGGCCACGACAAGCGGAGAAACCCGGCAGCAGAUUAAAGCAGCGAUGGGAUUGGACAUUGAUGGGAAGGGCAUGGCCCGCGGUCACCUGCAAGUGUACAAGGAGCUCAUGGGGCCGUGGAACAAAGACCACGUCAGCAUCACUGACGCCAUCUUCGUCCAGAGAGACCUGAAGCUGGCCGAGGGCUUCAUGCCCUACUUCUUCCGACUGUUCAGGACCACGGUCAAGCAGGUGGACUUCACGGAAGUGGAGAGGGCCAGGUUCAUCAUCAGCGACUGGGUGAAGAAGCACACAAAAGAUAUGAUCAGUGACCUGCUUGGCGAGGGGGCAGUGGACCAGCUGACGCGCCUGGUGCUGGUGAACGCUCUCUACUUCAACGGCCAGUGGAAGAUGCCCUUCCCAGAGGCUGCAACCCGGCCCCGCCUCUUCCACAAGUCUGACGGCAGCACUGUCUCAGUGCCCAUGAUGGCGCAGACCAGCAAGUUCAACUACACGGAGUUCCUCACCCCUGACGGCGACUUCUACGACAUCCUGGAGCUGCCCUAUCAUGGGGAGACCCUCAGCAUGUUCAUCGCUGCUCCAUACAGAAAAGAGGUGCCUCUGUCUGCCAUCACCAACAUUUUGGACGCCGAGCUCAUCAGCCAGUGGAAAGGCAACAUGACCCGCCAGACCCGCCUGCUGGUCCUGCCCAAGUUCUCCCUGGAGUCGGAAGUGGACCUCAGGAAGCCCCUGGAGAACCUGGGGAUGACCAACAUGUUCAGGCCAGACCAGGCAGACUUCACUAGGCUUUCAGAUCAAGAGCUUCUGUACGUAUCACAGGCACUGCAAAAAGUAAAGAUCGAAGUGAACGAGAAUGGCUCAGUGGCAUCCUCCUCCACAGCUGUUGUGAUCUCAGCCCGCAUGGCCCCUGAGGAGAUCAUCCUGGACAGACCCUUCCUCUUCGUGGUCCGCCACAAUCCCACAGGGACUGUCAUCUUCAUGGGCCAAGUGAUGGAGCCCUGACCAUGGGAACAGAAGUCUGCGCCUGGGACAAAACUGGAGAUGUAUCAGAGAAAGGAAAUUGUGCUGUAAUGAUUCUUUGCAGAGAAAGAGAGGACAUUUUCCCUUUCCCUUCCAUUGUAAAUCUUUCCAGUUGGCCUCCUCGACCUCAGCCUCUGUGGGAGAAGCGUGAAGUCUGACUCUAGCUGGGGACCACCCCUCCCAGGCCCUUGGAACAUAGGAACUGCAGAACAGCUGGCCAGAUGUGUCUGCCCAUUUCUCUGCGCAUUGAGUCUUCAGAUCUGGUUGUCCUGGAGGCCCUGUCAUAUGGGAACCACGAGGCUUACUAGAGCUUGUAUGUGCUUGGUAGGAGUGAUCUGCAUUCCAGUCAUGUUGCUGUCAUCCCUGCCCUGUCUGCCACGACCGUGGCGGCUGGCAACAGGUCAAAGAAGGCCGAUGGAGGAAGCACUCCCAUCUCAGCGUCUACUCAGCACUGAUUCCCGCCCCCCAAGGGCUGCAGACUGGCAAAGCACAUGCCAAGCCUCCCUCCCCCGAAACUGUGCACAUAUCAUUCCGGAGUGUAGGUGAUUGUUUACUCAUAGAAGCAGGUUUUUGCUUCCCACAAACUUUAUUUUUGCAGGAAUAGAAGAAAGAUCAGAUGUCUGGCUCUUCACCCGUACCCUAGCCUCCUGGUGGGGAGGGUGGGAUGCCAGGGGUGUGCUUGAAUAUUUAUCACAUCCUUGCCUUUGUGUGCUUGUUAGAAAGGAAGAUCAUUAUUAAGGAAAAAGUGUUAUUUAAGCUUGUGUGUAGUGUUCUUUUGUGGUUUGUGCCAUCGCAUCUCAAGAGUCCAGCGUUGCAGCCUGUCCCUCCGGGUGCAGACGUGACGGGCACCACACCGCCACCUUGUGGCCGCCUGGGCCCCACGCCUCCUCUUCCUUCUUUCCAUUUGGCCAAGGGCUCCUGCCAAGGUGAUCCAACCAUAGCCCACGUUAAGGACCAAAAGGAUGGGGUGGGUGACAUGACAGAGACUGGAGCGAGGACAAAGUGGUUUCAAACAUUUCUAAUAUAUUUAGAGCAGAAAUGCAAGGGGCUGCAUGACCUACCAGGACAGAACUUUCCCCAAUUACAGGGUGACUCACAGCCGCAGUGGUGACUCACUCCAAUGUGUCAUUUCCGGCUGCUGUGUGGGAGCGGUGGACACGUGAGGGGGGGUGAAGGAGACAGCCAGCUCGGACUCAAGCACCUUGUUAGAUAAUCUUCUUGAAGCCCUACUAGCUGGGGGUAGGCAGGAAGGCCAAUUUAUUGAAGAGCUGCACGUGGAUAUAAAAUGAACAUAAUGUAAUAGAAGCCUCCUCAUCCACCAUGUUCUCCACUAAAAAAUCCUCAUGCUUUGUGCUUUUGUUAGUUUGUUUGUUCAUCUGACUUUUUCUUUUCUCAUGAUGCACUGGACAAUGACAGCCACCCGCAGCCCUUGUAGGGUUCCCUAAACAUAGGGUCAAGCAUUCUUGAAAUUGUGUUCAACUAUUUACAUUUUCACUUUAUAAAUAAAAAUGCAUUUGAAAGUAACAAUAAAAUAAAUAUAAAGCAUAU